AUGUGUCAAAGGGAGUGCGUCUUCUUCGGUUUUAAUUCGCAAACGAAGAAAUGUCGAACCCACAAGAAAAGUCUAACGUCUGGUACGUCUGAGCAGGCCGGGUGGAGAUACUACUCAGAUAAUGAUUUUGUUUUCUCUGCCAUUCCCAAAGAUUGCAAUGAUCUUCACGAGGACGGACAAACCAUCACAGGGGUGUAUGAUAUAUACCCCUACAGUACAUUAACCAUUCCAAUAAGUGUAUAUUGCGAUAUGACGACAAUGGGCGGGGGGUGGACGGCCAUUCAGAAACGCGUAGACGGAUCCGUGAUCUUUGACAGGAACUGGGCGGAUUAUAAGAAUGGUUUUGGUUCACCGGAACAGGAUGUCUGGGUUGGAAAUGACGUUAUCCAUCAAUUAACAAAAGAAAAUUCAUCAUCCUUGUAUGUGUCCAUCACUCUCCAGAAUGGUACAACACAGUAUAUAAUGUACGACCGAUUCUCUGUCUCCGACGAAGCAGGAAAAUAUCAACUCUUUCUUACAGGAGCUGCUACGGGGACCUUAGGUGACAGCAUGAAAAGAAAACGACAGAUUGACUGGAGAUGA